CGCCGUACUUGUCUAUCCGCCCCACCCCUAGAUAUCACCUCUAUCUUCGAAUCUACGAGGUUAGGUCUAUCCGACCUUUCGUUCUCUCUUCCUCUCUCUUUAUCUUUCUCUUUCUCCUCCUCUUUCUCUUUCUUCUCGCCCAAGCAACAACAAUCCACAACGGCGACUAUACAUUAAUUAGUUGUUUCUUUCAAUUAUGGACUUUGUGCCGUCAGUCUUCGCUGCCUAAAGUCAUCGUCUCGGUUCCUCCGCGACUCUCUCUCACAAAGAAGCUGGAUCUCGGAACGACGACGAGGCAGACAAGUCAAAAUCUGUUGAGAGACAUGAAAAUUGUGGUUUUGCUGUUAGAUAGGGGACUGUAAGUAGUGUAGCUGUUUAGAAGUUUGUAGCCAGAAACAAAAAGAGGUAAAAGAAAGAAGAAUUUGUCGACUUUGCAGCGAUGUCGAGGAGAAGAGAGGCUUGUAUAGAAAUGGCCUCUUGUUGCAGAAUUUGGGCAUUGCAAUAUCUCCUUCAUGGCAUAGGUUUUGGUGGAUUUUUGAUAGAAGAUAACUUAGGUGUCAGUCCUUGGAGUGCAAAUUUGUAAAUAGAUAUUGAGAGUGUAGAUAAUGGAAUCAAAGUGGGUUAGAGUGUUGGAUAGUGGCCGUAGAAUUGUUGUUGACUCAAAGAGAAAACGGGCCGCCAAGUACCUGGCACGUGUAAUUGGAGCUAGCAACAAUGUGCUGUCUACGCAAUGUGAUCAUAACUCAUUGACUAAGAAGCUUGGCAAGAGGAAGAGAUCAUAUAAAUGCAUAACGAAGUGUGGGUCACACUUGAGAAAAUCACUACUCAAGAACUACACCAAUUUUAUGAAAAGUGGACUACCUCAACGUCUACUGUUUUAUCAGAAUGGUGGAUGGAAUGAUUUCCCUCCAGAAGUAGUUGAGUUGGUUAGGGAAGAUUUUCAGAAGAAAAAUGCAGCAAUUGAGGUGCAGAUCAGUGGUUCUGAUUUGAUGCUAGAUAUCCUGUAUAUGAUUCAAGUGGAUUUGAAAACUGGUUUAGAGAAACCUAUUGCUUGGAUUGAUGAAGCAGGUUACUGCUUUUUUCCUGAAUUAUUGCCUACUAAUAGUGAAAUGCAUGAAUUCUACCAAUCUGAAUUAGAAAAAGAUGAAGAAUAUGUGGCUAAACAGCCAACUGUAACUCAACAAAUCAAGCUGCAUAUUGAUAUCAAUAUAGAUGGAGUGAAUAAUUGUAAGUUGGAGGAAUGUGUGGAGGAAUCAAAUACUGGUUCUAAAAGGAUUAAAAUUGGCCAGAACCCUGUUUUGAGUCAUGAUAAACUGGCUGUUAAUGACAAACACAACAGACGAUCUGAUGCAAAAAUGGGAGAGGCUGUUGAGGAAUUUCAGCAGAUAAGUGAGAAGUUAUCCCCUGAGAUAGAUUCUACAUGCAAAACUGUGGAUUCUGUCACUGUCAAAAAUUUGUUUAUUAUGGGCAUGAGGACAUUGCUGAAAGUGGAUACACUUGAAAUUAAUAGAUGCUCUAGUAAUUUAAUUCAUACCCGCUUGGAACUGUUUGAGAAGCAGGUUGAGAUAACCCAAAGGUGUCGUGGGAAUGCAAAUGUUCAGUAUGCUUGGCUUGCUUCUUCUAAAGAUGCAGUAUCUAGCAUUAUGACCUAUGGGCUUGGGCUUUGUGGUGGAUCUGAACUGAAGACCAAAUAUGGCAUUGGAAUUCACCUCGCAGCUGUUAAUUAUGCUCACACAAGUGCGAGUUAUUGUGAUGUUGACGAAAAUGGAGUACAGUACAUGGUGUUCUGCCGUGUCAUAUUAGGGAAUCUGGAACUUCUUCAUCAUGGAUCUGGACAAUUUCAUCCCAGUUGCGAAAAAUAUGAUAGUGGAGUUGAUGAUCUGCAAAAUCCAAGUCAUUACAUUGUUUGGAAUAUGAACAUGAACACGCAUAUUUUUCCAGAAUUUGUUGUCAGUUUCAAGAUUUCUCACAGUGCUGAAGGGGCUCCAAGUCCGGUAGGGGAAGAAAGCAGGUUAGACUUGUCUGGAGUUACUAGUCAGGGACCUCAGGGCAAGUUGCAGCUAGAUUCUUCUUCAGUUGAAUCGGUGGGAAAUUGCCACAAAUAUCAAUUAUUGGACAAAUCUCAAGGAAAGGUCCUUAGUAUUGGUUCAACCACUUCAAAGGCUCCUAAUUCCCCUUGGAUGCCUUUUGCCAUGCUAUUUCAAGCAAUUUCAAAUGAAGUUUCUCCUAAAGAUAUGAAGUUGGUGCAGCUUCAUUAUGACUUAUUCCGGACCAAGAAACUCAGCCGGGAGGAUUUUAUUAAGAAGUUGAGAUUGAUAGUUGGGGAUCAAUUGUUGAAGUCGACAAUUACAAGUCUCCGCAAGCUACCAUCCACUUCUACAUGCCCAUUGAAAGUGCCGAAGGAGGAGCAAGAAUGUUGAGGCUGUUUGAUACCUUGAUGGUUGUUGGCUUUCUUGAUGAUCUUGGUGUUUGGUAUAUCAGGUCGAGUUUGAUUUUGGUGCUGCUUAUGAUGUUCUUAUAUGCAAUGUGCUUCUGGUUGCUUUCCUUUUUGCUAUUCGUGGUAAAUGGCCAACUUGUAAAACUGAAUACAUCUUUAGAUAAUAUCAUUCUGUUAAAUAAUUUCCAUCGGCACAUUUCUUUAAGCAGACGGCCAGUUACUAGAAACCCAUUUCUGACAUGGGUCAUUUUUUUUGGGACAUUUAGAAAUAGUUGUGAUUAAUUUACCAAAAAAAGGCAAUAGUUUCGAUUACUGUUUCUCUGGUUGACAAUUUGGUAGACCUUGAAAAAUAAUUGAGGCGAUGCUGGUCAUGCGAAUGGACCAUAUUAUUCAUAACGUAUUUGCUUCUGUUAUUACUUUUUUGUUUCCCUGAUUACCCUCAUCAUACGAAGUCUGCUGGUUAAGUUAAUGCUGUCUCAAUGUCAUUUUCUUGAAUUUUUUGUUUGUGGGGUUGGGGGAAGGAAGACCAGAGCAUAACAAAAUGUGUUUUGUGAUCCGUGAGGUUUUAUUUUUUUUAUGCAGACUUUCUUGCCAUUGUGGGAGAGCAGUUGUGGCUUGUGACUGGAAGAAAAGGACUGGUUUUGUGCCUUUUGUCAAAUCGUGUGUAGACUAGACUAAUAUAACAUGUAUACGUUGGUUGAGUGAUCAAUAAAUUUUGAUGAAAAGUCUGAUAAUGUCGAGGAAACAAAUCUCACUUUUAUGCAAACCAAAAUGAAAAGUCUGCUGCUGCUG